CCCAGCCGCGCGGGGCUGGCACGGCGGCGGGCGGGAAGAUGGCGGCGGCGGGCGGGGGGGGUGCUGUGGUGUCGGUGCUGGCCCCCAGCGGGCGGCGGGUCACGGUGCGGGUGGGGCCCGGCACGGUGCUGCUCCAGAUCCUCGAGGAGGUCUGCAGGAAGCAGGGCGGCAGCCCUGCCGAGUACGGCCUGAAGUUUCAGAGAAGUGUGUUGGACCUCUCUUUACAGUGGAGAUUUGCCAGACUGCCCAACAAUGCCAAGCUGGAGAUGGUGCCAGUCACUAGUAAAGUGGAAUUUGGAAACACGGUUCGGAUUGCACUGCAGUUAGACGAUGGCUCCCGUUUGCAAGACACCUUUCCCUGUCAACAGACUCUGUGGGAACUUCUCAACCAUUUUGCAAAGAUCAGGGAGUUUAUGGAACAGCAUGGUGAAUUCUCUCCAGUCUGUAUUUACAUGCGAGAUGAGAUAACAGGGAAAGAGGCUCUAGAGAAGACAACAUUGAAGUCACUUGGCCUGACUGGAGGCAGUGCCAUAAUCAGAGUUGUCAUGAAGAAAUGCAGUUCAUCUGUUCAAGAGGAGUCUGUGGGUGCCACGGUGCCGUGCAGUGAGCAGACAGUGAGGCCAGGCUCUAUUGAAGGAGCAGAGGAUGUGCCCCUACCUCAAGCAAACACGUUCCCAAAGGACCUGGACCACAGGGAUGUGGCCAUGUCUUUAAACAGCUGCACAGACAAUCAAGACUCAAUUAGGGAAUCUCAUGCCAGUUUGGGGGAGCUGUGCCCUUCCUCAGAGCCUGAGCCUACCCCAUUUGUUCCUUUUUCUGGAGACGGACAGCGUCUGGGGGACUCUUCUGUAGCUGCUUCAUCUCCUGGGUCAGAUUCACCAUCCUCAAAGCUGCCAACAACUUCUUCCAGCCCCGAAGGCCCUUCUAAGCCAAAGAAGUCUAAGAACAGCCAAGAACUGCAAAAGGAGCAAGAACAGCUUGUAGAACGAGAGCCAAUUGUGUGUCACCUGGACCUCCUAGAGCCACUGCCUGCUGCCCCAGAAGAGCUUCCUGAUGAGUUUUUUGAAGUCACAGUGGAUGAUGUACGGAAACGUUUGGCACAGCUGCGGAGUGAGAGGAAACAUCUGGAAGAGGCUCCACUGAUGACAAAAUCUUUGAGGGAAGCUCAGCAGAAGGAGAAGUUAGAGCGUUACCCAAAGGUGGUGUUGAGAGUCCAUUUUCCAGACCGUCAUGUUCUGCAGGGGUUCUUCUGUCCUAAUGAAACUGUUGGCAUUUUGAGAGACUUUGUGAGAAGCCACCUUGCAGAUGCAGACUUGCCAUUUUACUUGUUUAUUGCACCUCCCAGAAUCAUCUUGAACGAUGAAAGUUUGACGCUCUUUGAGGCUAAACUCUUUCCAACUGCUGUUGUUCAUUUUGGAUCUGAGGAGUGUAGGGAUUCUUACCUGAAAUCAGACCUGCUGAGCUCUGCAGUUUCCCCUUCUGCAGCUGAUUUACUGGUAGCCAGAUGUUUGUCCAAACCAUCAGUUCCUUCUACUUCAUCAUCUUUAGAAUCAACAGUUUCACCCCUAUCUGAACCACAAGUGGAAAGUGACCAAAAGACUGACGAGCAACCAGAGCCAGCGAGCGUGUGUGAAGCUCCACAGGUGUUGAGAAGGGUCCCUGGGAAAGUCCCCAAAUGGCUGAAGCUUCCAGGUGGGAAGAGAUGAAACACUGUGGGCUGCUGGAUCAGGGAGCAGUCAGCUGAGCCUCUUUGCUGAUGAGCUUACUCAGAAUAUGUAAGAAACUGUUGGUGGUCCUGGAGAGAUUUAAUUUGGAUGAAAACUACUUAUAAAAAUAGAAAAUUGCUAUUUGAGGUGCCAGUUGCACCUUUUGGAGGAGUGGAAGGCCUGCUGGUGGUCUUUGUGACUACAGAAGCAAUGUUAGAGGUUAAAUUUAAGGUUUCUCGCAUGCAAAUAAUAUGAAUAGAGAAUUAAAGGGGAAAUAAUUCCUAUAUACUUUUUGUGGAGGAUUUUGUUUUUAUCCAUACUUUUCAAUUAAAACCUUCACAGUUCUACUUUCAGAGUUAACUUUGAGUCUAGCUGCCUGAAUUCUAGCAGCAAAAUACAAUCCAAUCCAGUUUUACCUAUAGCUAAGUGCUGCCUAGAACAAGACUUCUCUCUGCUUCUUGUUGGCUGGGGUUAGUGUUGCUCAUAAUUCCAGGCUUUAGAUAGCUGGAAAGUGAAUGAAGAGGAAGCACUUAAACCAAGUCAUUGAAACCAGUUCAAAUGGGCUUUUCCUGUGAACCUUCUGGUUUGCUGCAGUUGUAUUGUUUUCAGUUGCCAGAACCUUGUCAACAAAGAACACAGGUAUCUCUUAAUGGAAAGCAUGUGGAGGCUGGUUUUGCCCCAAGCUUUGUUUUAUUUUCACUACAUAUAAUUAACAUCAGUAAUACACUGGGGGGGAAUCUAGUAAAGGGGCCUCUUCACGUGACUCUUGAUCCGUGGACUUCUGUGGUCCCAGCAUUGUCCACAGCGGAGUAGCUGUUCUGCGGUUAACGUACAGAGGGGAGGACUUGCCCAGAUCUUUGCCUCCUGCAGAUGUUGUACAGGGAUGACUGUUGUUGGUUAGAACUGUGCCUAUGCUGCAGAUGAACUCUAUAGUGCCACAGUAUCCAUGGUGCUGUAUUUUAUUUGAAGUCUUCUCCAUGGAUCAGCGAUUCAUACUGGACAGCUGGGCUUCCAUGCUACGGUAACAACAUGUUUUCCAUUUUCCCUGUGUAGACAAUUGUUCCCUGAACUGUGUGUGCAUCUGCACAAUUUGUAGAGGUAAUAAAGCAGAGUGGCCAUAGGAGGCCUUUCGGUCGGUCUCUUUGAUAGUAUGUUUCUUCACCCAGUACUCAGUUUCUCUGUCAGUUCACAGGAACCUGCUCCCUUUUCAAUGGGCCUGUCAUGCCUCAUUCCCUUCCUCCCGUUUUUUUUUUCCCCCAACAAAGCAAAACGGAGCUUUGUACCAUCUGAAUGAACUUCAAAGUGGCUAGAAAGGGCACCCAGGGUUCCUGGCACUUGUCAUUGUCUCCCAGCCUGGCCAACAUUUCCCUUCAGGUCUAAUUACUUCCAAAUGCUCCCAGAUGCUUUGAAGAAAGUCAGAGGGAGGGAGAAGCAUGAAAGAAAGGUGGAAGAGAAAAAAAGAGUCAGAGUGAAGGGAGCAGAAUGCUGUAGCAAAAAUGUUGAUUGAUUUCUUAUAUGUCACCCAAACAUAAACAGGGCAUGUGUGCGGCCGCUGGCAGUGGGCAAUGCAGGAGCACUGUGUGCAGCUGCUGCCCUGGGUCCUCAUGGUGCAAAGAGAGCCCUUCUGGCACUUAGCAGGCUGAGGAUUAGGAGACUUCAUAUUGCUACCCAUGUGCAUUACUUCAGCCAGUGCUGCCCAUACCUGUCCCUUGACUCAGCUGAGCAUCAAACCCAAAACUUUUCUUUAAGGAGAAUGAAAAAUUGGUACCCUCAACAGCUGGAGCAGAAUUUUUAGUCCCCUCUUCCUAUGCAAGUAAUUCAGUUUAGCCACUGCUGUUAUUAAAAUACUGCUCUACUAACAUUCACCUCAGUGAUUCUCUUCAGUCAAGAAAGCUGCUGAAUGGUCAGAGAAGGGAACUUGAGCCUUUUUAAGGCAGAGGCUUUGAGAGACCUGUAUGUCAGUAGGAAUCAGAAUGGAAGGAGAGAUGAGGAUUUGAAGUCUGGAAAAGGCAAGGAAGUAGCAGUGAGUUUUUUAAGAGGGACAAGAAGCCCUGGUAUUUAAAACUACAAGAUCUUCACUAAGGUAGUUGCUGCAAGGAUUCCUGCCUGAUGAGCUGAUUUGAGUAUCACUUCUGCUAGAGUAGCUCAACUGAUCCCUGGCUUUGGGGGCAUUCAAAAGUAGUAGUAUUUGCCUUUUUAAAAUUUUUUUUGCUAUUGCCUUUUUUUGUCAUAGAGUUUGGGGGCUGAAAGCUGAACUAGGUCAGUCCCUUCAUUGGUUUCAUUGUACAGCUGCACAAACAAUUACCUUGGCAAAGAGGCUGCAGUGCAGAGGGAUGGGGCACUGCUUCAGCUGGUACUGUCAUCAGGAAGAAUGUCUACUGAAUUGUGGUUUUAGGUGAAGUUUCCAAGUGGCUGGUGGCCUGCUUGAUGACCUUGAUAGCUCUUGGCUAAAGAGUACAGUGACCUACUGAGCCUCUGCCUGCUCCAGCUGUCAGUGGGGGAAAACCCACUUGCUGUUACCGAGCAUAAAGAACAGAGCCGGCCCCAGAGUGAGCAGCCCUGAACCAUGCUGCUGUCAGCUGCCUCCUCUGCAGCUGCUUGUGUAUUUCCCAACAAAGCCGGUUCAGUUGUGUGGGUCCUGCCUACAUGUGUAAGGUUUCUUAUUUCACAGCUUCCCCCUGUCCUCCCCCCUGGCUGAGGGGCCAGGCUGUCCCAUGAUGUGGGAUUUUCACACAUGCUGUUUGUUAUUCUGUCCUUUUUCCUUUCGUCCUACAAAGAUGUAGAGAAGAGGGUGGGUGAGGGGGGAAAACUUUGCAAGUCUUUGAAGCAACUUGACUUUCAAUGAUUAAUUGCAGCAAAGAGCCUACACAAGGGAGGGGAAACUUGGGUUUAAUUUAUUGAUGUUUCUUUGUGAGAACAAAUUUAUAGCACAGGCAAAGCAGCUUCUGAGGAGAAUAUCAAAUGGUUAAAAGGUUCCAAGCACUCUUUGAUGUCACAGCCCUGGAGAAAUACUGGAAGGUAGUGAGGCACAGUCUCUGUUUAUUUAUAAAAUAAAGAUCAGUUACCUGCUUUUGGCAAGAGCCUGUGACCGAGCUCCUGUUAACAACCUAUUCAUUAGAGAGGCUUGGAACUGGACCUGAAGUUUCUGCCACAGCUGCCUGCUGAGGUGAUGAAAACCUGAAGUUAGGAUGAUGUUUCCAGCCAUUAAAUCUUUCCGAGCAUCUCUGUGAAGCAGCACCUGUUUCUCACAUUAGCUGAGGCAGCAACAGCACCUUCCUGUACUGUGAAGUAGGGUUUACUGCUAAAGGAGCAGGAUGGACACCAGUCACAGACCUAGCCGACCACAGCAAACGUUGAAGCCAGACGCUUCAAAACAGCCUCUGACAGCAGAGCUGCCUAGGUCUUAGCUACGCUUGGUAAAAGAGAGGAAGCAGAAGCAAAAUGGCAGAGGGAAAAAAAUUUGAGACUGCUCUUCCUUGAGCUAGACUGAAGAUGAGCCAGAUGUUUGCUGGCGGGUCAGGAUCUUGUGCUGGUAGGCCACAUGUGCCUCAUGAGGCCUCU